UUUAGACUUCCUGUUAUGACGAAGGUAUGUUCCUUUUGACACUAUAGGAACAGAGGCGUUUUGUAGUUUUUACCGAUUUACCGAAUUUUCACUAUACACUGGCGAGAAAUUACUUGGUUGAUAAGCGAUUUACAUAACAGACUGCGGCGGAUUGUUCUCAUCCAAAAACUGUAACGAAGCGCUGAAGAAUUUGGUCACGGUGGACUCCAGCUGAGUCAUUGAGUCAAUGUAACUUAUGGGAACGAAAGAGAGACGUAUAGGAGUAAAAUAUAUGGAGGGCUAUCUUGAGUUCAAGGAAUCUUCCAAGUGGAUAAAUUACUGGGUUGUAUUACACGGAUUCAAGUUGUGUUUCUUCAAGAAUGAAAACACAAACACAAAUUUAAAGGAAAAUCAGAUUAAAUGCAAUAUUGAUAUUGCAAACUGUAGCUUUUCUAGUGGUAAAACCAGCAAAGACAAGUUUGAAUUUGAACUCAAAGCAGACCGCAAGAAGUACUUAUUUAGGACAAAUUCCGAACUUCUUCGUCUUCAGUGGGUACACUCAAUAGGACUUGCUGCACAGGGUAAGCCUCCAGUGACAUCAACAGAUUUUGAGUCAGAACCUGGUAACUCACCUACCAACAAUAACGAGUCUCCCAUAAGGAAAAUAUCAAACCAGUACACAGAAGUACCAAUUUUUAACAUAAGUCCAGAUGUUGUUCCUCGCGUAACGGAUGAAGAAAUGCAGAAAACAAUUUUGGGCAAAGGAAAGCACCAUUCAUUCAGUAGCCAUUGCAAAAAGCUGCUAGGAAUUAAAGAGAAGCUGAAAGACAAAACUGCUGACGCAGAGGAGCCACCUAGACCUGAAUCAUUAGGAGCAGAGGCCACUCCAGAAGCACUUUAUGAUGAAUUUCCAGAUAACAAACCUCCCUGGUUUUUUGGUAAGCUCACAAGAGAAAAUGCUGAAGCAGUCCUCCAACCUCAUCCUGAAGGGAGCUUUUUAGUGCGAGAAAGUGAAACGGUUCGUAAGCUUGGUGCAUACACCCUCUCAUUGAAACACAGAGAUAAAUUCCGACACCACAAAAUUGAAACGGUAGCUGAUGGAAACCUUGUUAUUAAAGGACAUGAGGAUAAACCUUUCCCUAAUCUUGCAACUCUUAUGAAGUACUUUACAAAAAGUCAGGAACAAGAUAUCAUCAUGAAACCAGUGAUUUGUGGUACAAGUAAUGAUGAUGAACAAAAUGCCAUGAAAGGUUAUGAACUAAUGGGUGCUCGGCCUGCCCCACCAGGUUGUGAAGAGGGAGCGGACCUAAAUGGGUCAGUGGAAACCAGAGGACCAGUGAAACAUUCCUAUGAAAACAUACCAAGUAAGCCUCCUCUGAGAAGUCGUGUAACAUCACCUGAUCUGUUCAGGACUCAUGGGCAUGGCUAUGAGAACAUACCCAACAAAAGUAGAAGUUCAACAAUCCCUGGUUAUGAGUCAAUGGAUCCAAAAGGUGCUCCUGUUCUACCUCCUAGGCAACCGGUUGUAAAACACCCUGGAUAUGAGAAUAUUCCCGAGAAAGAGCCGGAACCCUUGCCUCCAAGACAGUCUACAUCCCAGGGGUACGAGAAUCUUCCCCCAAAGGAUGAGGAAGAUCCUCCAGCACUCCCACCGAGAAUUCCGUCACGUGUCCAAGGAUAUGAAAAUGUACCAACGAGAGACGAAAGAAGCCCGCCAUCUAAAGCUCUUCCAUACCAAAACAUUCGACCAGUGCCAUCACGUCGGCAGACCAGACAGGCCCCACCAUUAAAUCGAGCAAAUACAGUGCCAGCUCAUAUCAUGCAGAAUACACUUGGAAAGGGCUCCAUCUGAGGGAGACCCGUGCGUAUACCAAGGAUGGGAGGGAGAGAAGGCGAGUCUACGGUACACUCAGCGGUGAACUGAAAAAAAAAUACUUAUAGAACUAUGUUUGGCCUGCUAGAAAAUUCAUUGGUAGACAGCGUAUCGCAACUUAAGAAUUUUCAGAGCUCGUAUGUAUCGCAAAAUAUAGAAAAGUCACUAUACUAUUUACAAAGCCCUUUAGAUGGUGACUUAAUGUUAGUUUUUCGCUCAUUAAACACUUACAAGACGA